AACCUUGAUUUUCAUCAGGGUCUUCGUCCUCUAGGCAUCCAUAUGUUCUCCGCGGCCUUUUGGAUCAUGCAGGGCGGGGCGGCUUGUGCGCAGCCUUGUAACCCUGGUGCUUGAAACCAGGCACCACCUCGGGCCUCAGAGUGAACUCGAAGAUGGAGGAGGUCCCAGAUUGUCAUAUAUCUGUAGCGGUGCGGUUGCGGCCAACACAGGGCCCUGUGGCGUGGGAGAGCUCACAGAAGUUCUUGGUGGACAGGUCGGGCGAGCGCUGGCACUUUGAUCAGGUCUUUGGGCCCAGAGCGUCCACCUGGGACCUCUACGAGACCUCGGUGCAGCAUGUGAUCGAUGCCUUCUGUGAUGGUGCCACCUGCACAAUCUUUGCUUGCGGCCCGAGGGCUUCUGGGAAGACCUUCACCAUGCAGGGCGGGGACGGCCCCGGGCUGGUGCAACUGGCUGCAACGCACAUCUGGGAGAGGGCGCCACAGCAACUGCUGCAAGUGUCGUACCUGGAGGUCACCGACUCCGUGAGGGACUUGCUGAGUGGGGCACAGCUCACCAGGCCCUGGCAGGAGAUGACGCGCAAAGCCGUACGCAGUGGGCCCGAAGAGAUCUUGCGCUGUCUCCUGGAAGGGAAUCGCUGCCGCCGGCGAGAUGCUCCAAGCUCCAGGUCACACACAGUGUUCCUGAUUCACAUGGAGUCGCGCACUCGGAUGGAGAGGUGUGAGCUUUGCUGUUUGAGUUUGGUUGAUUUGGCCGCCUGGGAUGGCGAGGACAUCGGGGACUCCACGAGUCGCUCCUUCCUUGCUCUGUCGGCGACGCUCCGCCGCGAGCGUUCGCCCUCGCGCGCGGAGCCCCUGACCCAACUGCUGCGGCGGCCGCUGGAGGCCUCAGCCCAGGUGGUCAUCAUUUGCGCCAUCUCUGCUGGCACCGAGAGCUUCGAGCAGAGCCGCCGUGUGCUGGAGUUUUUCAGCCCGAGAGAGGAGCAGGAGCGCACUCAAACUUUGACACAUGUGCAGGAGGAAGUUCAGGCCCUGCGUGCUGCUCAUGAAGGCCAUGCACAACUGGAGGGGAAGGUCUGCGAUCUCGAGAUGGAGACACAGGAGCUGAGGUUGUCCUUGCGGAUGGAACAGGACGCCGCGCUGACGCGGCAGAGCGAACUGGAGGAGCGCUUGCGGAAGACAGAGGCACAGUUGGACGCACUGGUGCAGUGGAAGAAGUCGUUUGCGGGCUCAUGCGAGCCUGUGGCACCCUCUGAAGCGUUUGGGGCACCGGACAUGAAGCGAAGGCGACUCGAGGAGGAGAAGGCCGAGAGCCCAUAUCGACAGCAAGGCGAAACGGCGCUGCAAGUCGCCUCGGAGCUCAUGCGGCGCCUCAGCGCCGAGGAGCGCAUGGAUGCCUUGAUUGCCGAAAGCCAUCAGACCUCCAGCGGGCCUGGGCCCACGAAGCGGUCGCCCCACGCGCUGGAUCCGGCGGGCCCCAAAAAGGUACCCGAACGGCACACCUCUCCUGAGCUGCUGGCGCUGCCGGCGCCCCCCACGCCGAAGGUCCGAAACGGCAGGCGCCGGCCGCAAUUCGCUUCGGCCUCGGCAGCCCACACAGUGGCCAAGGCGGCCCAGGCGGAGGCUGAGGCACGGCAGACGCGGAUUCGACAGCUGCAACAGGAGCUGGUGCGGCAGCGGGAAGCUUUGGCUUCCAAGCGGAGAGCUCCGGAGGACUCUGGGAUGGCCCCGGAGUCUCGUCCCACCGAGGGAGAGGUGGCUCUGUCUGAGCUGAGGGAAAAGCUCAAAAAGAGCCAGGAAGAGCGGCAGAUGGGAGAAGCAGAGAUUCAUGGGGAGCAGGCGCUGUUGUUCCCUCGCCCCAAGAGACGUGCACGGGAGGUGCCGGAGCCGGAGGCCAGCCCGGACAUUGCUUGCGAAGGAGAAGUCCUUGAGGAGACCAGGAAGGCGUGCCGCGUGGCACCCGUUCAUCGCACGAAUGAGCGUGAUGUGCGGGCUCCCAGGCCGGAAGCUGAGGAUGCUGAGGAUGAGGCGGAGCAACAGGAAGAGGAGGUCCCCAGCUUUGUUGCCAAGAGCCGUGAUCGAAGCGGCCGUGCAGCUGUCACAGCACCCGAAGUUUGGAAGGCUGAAUCGCGAUUGAAGACCACCCUUCCGCAGGCCGCGCUAAGCGGUGGAGCGAGGGUGCUGCAUCCCACGAAUCUGGCCAGGCCGCUGCGAUCCAGCACGGCGCCGCGUGUGCUGCGCAGGAAAGACAGCGAGAACUGCAAGCAGAUGUGAGUGCUCGGCUUGUGGUCUCUGGUGGCCAAGUCUGUAUGAAUCAUUUCGGAAGGCAGACCAUGGUCAAAGAUGAUGCA